AUGGCGAUCUCUGGUUAUAGUUUGUUAGCUUCAACGUGUAGUUUUGCUGGACUUCAGGUAAUAUGGGCCAUUUACUUUGCUCAUGGCACGGCCCAUCUCCUGAGUCUUGGCUUCAGCAAGCCUGCCAGUGCCCUAACCUUAAUGGCUGGGCCAGUGUGUGGUGUCAUCGUCCAACCAUACAUAGGCGCACUUAGUGAUACCUAUCGAUCAUCAUGGGGUCGACGGCGACCAUUCAUUAUUUAUGGGUCCAUGGGAGUUUCGAUCUGCAUAAAUCUGCUUGCAAGCCUGGUUCAUGCCCAUUCCUCCUUGAUGAGGUGGUUUCAACUGGAGCCUACCGCCGCGACAUUGGUAGUGAAGGUGUUCGCGGCGCUGUUGGUCUACGCCUUGAACAUUUCCUUCCAGCCGGUACAGAAUGGCCUGCGGGCAUUAAUGGUUGAAGCCCAUUGUGCGCACGAGCAAACUUGGGUGAAUAUUUGGACCAGCUAUAUGAUUGGUGCUGGUAAUAUUAUCGGGUAUUUCAUGGGCAUUCCCUUAGGCGUAAAAACGCUCAAUUGGCCACCCAUUACUGGAUUUCAGGCCUUGUGCAUACUGGGCUCUAUCAUCCUUAUGUUGACAACCUUCGUGAGCUGCGCUUUUACCAAGGAAUACAGUGAAUCGCCUGGCACAGAGUUAUGCCCUAGGGAAGGACACCCACUGAGCCCAUUGAAAUAUAUUUUCGAGGAGCUGAGGGCGUUGCCGGACCCAAUACGCAGAGUAUGUCGUGUGCAGUUUGUAGCGUGGUUCGGCUGGUUUCCAUUCCUUCAUUUCCAGACGCUCUAUGUGAACGAAGUUUACACAGGUGGUGCACUAAACACUGAAACAAGGGUUGAGAUAGGUUCACUAGCGGGUCUUUUGUGUGCUCUCGUAAGCCUUGUAUCCUCCGCUAUUAUUCCUACCUUCCUGGACCGAACCGCACAGGGAGGAAAUGAGAAAGGUUCCGGCAAGCAACGCCUUCCUAAAAUAGUGAUGAUAUGGCGUUUUGGCCACAUAUUCUUUGCGGCGGGGAUGUUCAGUACGACAAUUGUCACAAAUUGGAUCCAGGCCGCUACUCUGGUGGCGCUAAUUGGUAUCCCCUGGUCUAUCUCUUCCAUAGUGCCUUAUACAAUGAUAGGGGCUGAGAUUGCUACACGAAGGGACUUGGAGACUAUCGCGGAAGCAGAGAGUUCAGAGCUGCCUCUGGGACAGGCAGGAAGUAUCAUGAGCAUUCACAACGUUGCAAUAUCAGCGCCACAGAUACUUGCUGCAGUCAUGAGUAGCGGGGUCUUUUGGUUGUGCUAUCUCCUAGGUCUCCCAGAAAGUACAUUAACCAUGGACAUCCGCCAUAUUUCACUGUAA